GUCGGGGGAAGGUGUUGAGCGAGCAUCUGUUUCCGGUUUUCCGGGCUACCGAUGCUGCUCAAUGCUUCUGGGAUAAUGGAUUGCUGACACUUUAAGACUCCAGAUGAGGGGCAAAACUGCAAAGAGUGGCCUGUGAUGGUAUAAUGCACAAUGAGCCUGAGACAACGAUGAUGAAUUCCUAUUUCUGACCACCUGAUUCUGGGACUCCCCAUUUGUUCACUGCCACAAUGCCUGUGCAGGCUCCACAAUGGACAGACUUCCUCUCCUGCCCAAUCUGCUUCCAAACCUUCGAUGAGAACAUUCGCAAGCCCAUCAGCCUAGGCUGUGGACACACAGUCUGUAAGAUGUGUCUCAACAAACUGCAUCGUAAGGCUUGUCCUUUUGAUCAAACCACUAUCAACACAGACAUAGACAUGUUACCUGUGAACUCUGCUUUGUUACAGCUGGUAGGAGCCCAGAUUCCAGAGCCACAGCCUGUCACCCUGUGUACUGGAGCAGAAAAUACCAAACACUAUGAAGAAGCAAAGAAAUGUGUGGAGGAACUGGCCCUCUACCUGAAACCACUUAGCAGCGCCAGAGGUGUGGUGCUCAGCAGUGCAGCACAGAGUGUGCUGAGCCGGCCCAUGCAGAGAAAGCUGGUCACACUGGUUCACUGCCAACUGGUGGAAGAGGAGGGCCGGAUCCGGGCAAUGCGGGCUGCACGUUCAUUAGGGGAGCGCACCGUCACCGAGCUCAUCCUCCAGCAUCAGAACCCACAACAACUCUCCUCCAAUCUCUGGGCAGCUGUAAGAGCCAGGGGCUGCCAGUUUCUUGGACCAGCAAUGCAGGAAGAAGCUCUCAAACUUGUCCUUCUCGCACUGGAAGAUGGUUCUGCACUCUCAAGGAAAGUCCUGGUGCUGUUUGUGGUUCAGAGACUGGAACCGCGAUUUCCUCAAGCCUCAAAGACCAGCAUUGGCCAUGUGGUGCAGCUCCUGUACAGAGCAUCAUGUUUCAAAGUCACAAAGAGAGAUGAAGAUUCAUCUCUCAUGCAACUGAAGGAGGAGUUCCGGACCUAUGAGGCACUGCGGCGGGAACAUGACUCUCAGAUCGUGCAGAUUGCCAUGGAGGCAGGGCUUCGCAUUGCUCCUGACCAAUGGUCCUCUCUCCUUUAUGGGGAUCUGUCACACAAGUCCCACAUGCAAUCUAUUAUUGACAAGCUGCAAACACCAGCCUCCUUUGCACAGAGUGUUCAGGAGCUGACAAUUGCCCUGCAAAGAACUGGGGAUCCUGCCAAUCUAAACCGGCUGAGGCCACACCUGGAACUACUGGCCAACAUUGACCCCAGCCCAGAUGCCCCUCCUCCAACAUGGGAGCAGCUGGAAUUUGGGCUGGUGGCUGUAAAGACUGUCGUACACGGACUGGUGGAUUUUGUACAAAACCAUAGCAAGAAAGGAACAGACCAGCAGCAGUCAGCACAGAGCAGCAAGUACAAAACAAGCAUGUGCCGAGACCUGAGGCAGCGGGGAGGCUGUCCUCGAGGAGCAAGCUGUACUUUUGCGCAUUCCCAAGAUGAACUCGAAAAAUUUCGCAUGAGGAACAAGCGGUUAGCAGCCGGGCGGCCUCUCAGCCAAUCCCUCACCCAGCUCAGCAAGGUGGGAGGGGUGAUGUCAGUCACAUCCAACAGCUUGUCUGAUGAGGGCUCCUUGGAAGCCGGCACGAAGCCCGUGUCCAUUCAAAAUGGCAUGGUAGUCACGAGCAACAGCAUUGCACAGCUGAUAUCCCGUGGGACGGACUGCACCUAUGACAUUGCAGUGAAGCCGGGCAAGAUGGGCGACAUGAGUAUGAGUGCUCCGGGAUCGGUGUCAGGAUCUCCACCAGACUCCAGGAUUGAGUUGCCACAGAAGAGCUCCCUUGGUGCGGUGCCAAUCAGUGCCCUCUCCGUGCCUCCACGAAUAAGUGCCGAGAUGCCACCCAUGCCAGUCUCCAAGCAGAUCCAGAUGGUACCACGGGGAUCACAAAUGUACACCCCUAGCCAGCAGCCUGACGUGUAUUACCAGGACCCACGGAGCUCAGCUGCUUCCUAUGAGCCACCGCAGUAUCCGCCAAACCUCUACUACCCUCAUCACUCCUCUGGAUCUGUGGCACCCUACCUACCGCAUUAUAGACGGGCUGGCAAUGUUCCAGAACCCCCUCUGCCUCCUUCCAGUGUUCAGUACCAGGACCAUUACCCAUCCUACAUUCAGGAGAGGAUGGGAAGCUCUCAGUACUCCAGCCCUCAGCAGUACCCACUGGCACAACCAGUUUCAGGAAUUUACCCUCCUCAUUAUGAUGGGCGGCGGAUCUACCACCCUCUACAAUCUUACCCAAGGGAGGACAUUCGAAACAGCCCAAUACCAGUUGAUGUACCAUCUGCAGUGACUAACUGCAUUGCCGAGCCAAGGGAAUGCUACGCUCCUGAAAGCUACUAUACCAUGAGCUCCCACCCCACCCAGAUCAGGCCUGCAUACAGGGAUCCUCAUAGCAGGGUGCCCCAGCACCAGCCUCAGCCCCCACCAAGCCUGGAUUACCUACACCGCCGAAGGAAAGAGCUUAUGGCUCAGCUCGAGGAGCGGAAAACCAUCUCUCCACCUCCCUUCCCUCCAACAGCAGUGAUACCAUCUUCCUUUGUAGAUGUUUCCUCGGAGUAUUCCGAUGAGGACCUAAAAGCAGUGAAGAAGUACAAAGACCAUGAUUACACUGCUCAGUACUCGCCCUGGUCUUGUGACACAAUUAGUUCUUACAUUGGCAGCAAAGAUGCACAGCCCAAAGAUAUGAUGACUUCCAGCAGCCUGGAAAUGACGAAUGUUGACAGUAAAGGCCUGCGGGAACAGCUAAUGAACCUUGACAUUCAGAGGAGAGCCUCUGAAAACAAGGAGGAGGAUCCCAUCAUCCCGUUCGGGGAGCUGCCAACUGUUUCGAAAUUUGGUGCUAUUUCUCGCACUUCCAAAACCAGCUAUCAGACAACAGGGCCAGUGCAAGCAAUGGCUUCACAAAGCAUUGCCACCAAGCCCAUCAGUGUGUCAGAUUAUAAUCCAUAUGGAAACCACAGCAGUUGGACAAACUCACCAGCCUCAUAUUCUCAUCAAAGCUUACAUGCUCAGGGACAUUUUAUUGACAGAGAGAGGCUGAACGUACAGGAAAUGACUCCCCAUGGGAAGCACCCUGUGCCCCCCAUACCUCCAACGGACCGGGACCAACUGAGGCUGGAGCUGCAACAAGUCAACCAGCAGAUCAGCCAGCACAGUCAGCUUCGAGGGAUGGAGGUCGCCAGUAGCCCAGUGCUAGGCCAACGAGAGGUGGGAAGCCUCACCACACAACAGCACAGUUCUUGGCCCAGUCGAAUGUCCAGCGAGCAGCUGAGCUUGGAACUGCACCAGGUGGAGAGGGAGAUCGGCAAGAGGAAGCACGAGCUGGAGACGGAGAGUCGACCCUCAUUGGAAGUGCAGUAUAAGCUGGCAUCGAGCCAUCAGGCAGAGAAUGGGCAGCCUGAGCAGCAGCACAAACCCUCAGAGGAUCUGCAACCUUCCCUCAGUGAAAGAUGCAAGGUCGGGGCCUCUGGCUUCACUACAGACAGCUCCGUCAGCGCACUGACCAGCAAAGCUGCCUCUCUCAAUCUGGCCCUUGACACAGAGGGAGCAGGGGACCACUGCGACAGCCAACAGAACGGCCUUUAAACAAAUGGAGACAGCAACUGUCUUGGACAAGUCCACUCAACAUCGUGUUAAAAUAUUCAGCACUGCAAGCAAUGGACUUGACACACCACUCAUCUAGAUGCAAUGCGUCAAAGUAGCAUUGAGUUUUUUUUUGUUGUGUGUGUUUGUGUAAACUUUAUUUUAUUAGCAUGCAUGCCUUGGCUUGCAAGGCAUGGGACAUAUUCUUAUGAUUACCUGGUUAAUCUUAGUGAAGUAAUCUCACCUUAUGUACCCCAACUUCAGAACUGUGCCUGCAACAGCGCAAGUUAUUGAAGUCACAUUCCCAUGGGAUUCUGAGAUGAUGUGACGAAGGUCAACGUCACAGAUGGAACCUUUUUAGUUCCACCACAGUGAGGAGCAAAUACUUCCACUAACAUAAGUAAUCGAAAGCUGUUACUUUCUGAUAGAAAGAAGCUCUGACCUCUUUCUUUGAGCAACCUUCCUCAGAAGGUGAGUGAGGAGGGAAGAAAUGGUCAGAAAGGCUUUCACCAAGGGAAAAGUAACACUCUUAAAUAUUGUUGUUGUAUUUACUUUCCACAGGGUGGAAAUUAACUAAUCCAAGAGCAGCCUAAGAGGAAAGGGUUACUGCUUUCUGAAAAUGAACUUUAUUGAAGUUAAUGCCUCUCUUUGCUUAGCCUAUGUUAACUACUGAGGAGUAUCCACAUCCCAAAGGUCAUGGAGCAGCUGAAAGGUCAUGCCUGCUGGUUCCAGUGAGAGGGUGGGUCAUCCCAAGAUCAGACUAUCAUUGAAGAGGAAGCUGGGUGGAGCUCUGGCUUGUGUGUCUGGGCUGACCUGUCAGUGAGGCAGAGAUCUGGGCCAUGUCUCUCAAGCCAUAGUCUGUGAUGGGAGAGGAAGUUGAGCUAGACUUCCAGUGGAGAGGAGAUGAGGGUGCUGAGGCAUGAAUUACCAGUGCAUGAUUGAGAGAUUGGAACCACUGUGGGAUUGAAUGGAGUGAUAGGUUUGUGUGGAAGAAGUUCAGUGUAAAAAGGGCUGGGUUAUAAUUCAGAAGGUCUUCGAAUACAGUGCAGAAUUAUUUGCAGGAUACUACUGUGCUGCACUGACCUUUCAGUUUCUCUGUUUUGGCUUGUGAAAGUGGUACGAGAUUGGGCCAUCGCACAGCUGCACUCUAAGGAACAAUAUUGUACAUUAUCAGGUUUUUUUCCAGUAAAACUGUUCAGAUAAACCUGAAUCACAAAUGAUGGAAAAAAGCCCCAUAAAAAGCAGAUUCUGGGUGCCAUUCUAAAGGCUUGCUCUUUUUUUCAUAUCCGCAGCUAGGUUAGACUGAAUGGGUAAUUAGUGCUGAUUCUCUGGGGCUGAUUGAGUGAUGAGUUUAUGAAUCCCAGACCCUGCUUGUGUGGGUCUGAUUAUAGGAUUCCAGAUGCCCAGUGCAGAGCUGUACAUAUCUGAAACAAAAAUGGUUAAGCUGUGAAGGCAGGUGCUGGCUGCUUGGUACCUCUGCAGUACAUCUCUUUCUCAAAGCUAACCAGGACUAACACUUCCAGAUUGAAUCUUGAUGGAAAAGAUUGUUGGCUGGGAGUGUUAUUCAUUGCUGAGUUCAGCUUUAUGUAGAUUGUUUUGAAAAAUCCUUGUGAAAUAACAUUCAACUAAUUGUGUACUACAAAUUUUCUUAAGACCAUGGAGGCCGAUAUAAUUUCAAAAUGUGCUUCCAAAAUCUGUUCUGUUUUAUUUCAGACCCAGCUGUGUUUCUCUGACCUUGUGUCUCUUCUUGUUCGACAGUGUUCAUCACAGCAGCUUUACACUGUUGGUUCUGACUAAAUUGGGGGGGCUAGGACUGCUACCUCAAAGUGGGGUAGGGGCUGAAAUUAAUCAGCAAAGGAUGUGAGCCUAGCAGUUCCCCAAAGCCUUGGCUCUGAUUUGCUUCUUCUCUCUCUCUCUCUCUUCCCCCCCCCCCCCCCACACACACACAAUGUCCCUGCCAUUUCCGUGGAAUUGGCCUUGGUCAGUACUUCGCCCACAGGUUAAUACCCCUUGUAUCUGAGCUGGAGCCUUUGCUGUCAAGGAGGUUAUGUCAAUAAAUCAAUACUGUCCUCAAACAUUAAUGGUAGAAGGUUCACAAAAUGAUUCUCAAAUCCCUGGGAAUCAACCUGAAGCUGGAAGGUGUUCUCAGUCUAGGCAAAUGAUACCACAUCUCUUGUAAGCACUUCCAAAUGAGGAUUAAUUCCUUUCCAUCCUCUCCUCCACCUUCUGUAUCCAGCCCUGACAUUGACAUAAUGUCAGUGAUCCCUCCCAAACAAAUACCUCCCCACCUUCCCCUAGCUUUAAAGUCUUCUUAUCUUGCAUCAGAUUUCUAGUGUGCACUUUGCCCUCGCUGGGCACCAGUGUGAGUGGGCAAACUGCCUAAAUGAGGAUCUGUUGUAGCCUGCUGUAAGGAAAAGGCCAUCAGCUCUCACUGAAACAACUGAUAGGGAGUUUCAGCACUUCCCUGUAUUAUUUUAUUUUGGCUGAUUUCUGGUGUAGAGUACUGCCUAUUGCAGUGAUAUUUAUUUUCUCAGCUAUGUGAUUGUAAUUUUGGUACUUUUAUUAGAUAUUUUCCUUCAAAUCGAUGCCAAUACUAAGCACUGAUAUUCAGUCUGCAGUUGUCUGGCCCCACAGUGGCUUGAGUGCAUGGAGUCGCAGUGUGUCAGUGUAGUGGGAGGUGUAUCCUUCUGACACUAAUGCUGACAAGUCCUUGCCCAGCACUGCUUCUCUCGCUUGCAGUUCCCCAUCCCCGAUCUUGUCACAAUGACUUCUGUGAAGUUGUUUUCUUUGGAAGGGCUGCAAACUGCUGGCUGGGACACCAUCCACACUCCUGCCUCUGUGCACAGGUACCUGGGCUUUCUGGGGCAUUAUGGUGGCAGGGGUUGGGAAGUGGUGGAAACAAGUGGUCAGGUGACCCUCAGAGUGGUGCUGAUGUCCAGAUUACAGAGUGGAGUCCAAACUUUCCAUUGAGGAUAGGCUGAGGGAGAUGGUGAGCUUUGUUCAUUAUUCUGGUACAGCUGAGUAGUGGUGUUACCUAGGAGAGGAGAGGAAGUGAGUUAUCACUUACCCAGGUUUACGGUGAGACCACAUCGGGGCCCAGGUGCCCACAGCUUGGUCCGCACACCAAGGCUGAUCACAGCAGUCUGUGGUCAGGUCCAGGAUUUUCCAAAACACUUAUCUUCAGCCUUCUCCCUGUCUAGCUUAUUUAAUUCUCCAGUUUCCAGCCAUGAUACAGUAGCAGUCAGUUGUCAGUCCUAUCCACAGUAUGCAUUCACCCCACACCCACCGCUCUUGUUUCUGAAGAGCUCUGCCCCUUUCACUUUCCCAAGCCCAGGUUUACAAUCUGCCAUAUUGCCAAGACAAAGUACUUCUGUCUUCCUCAUUUGUGGGAGUGAAUGGGACAAGGUGCCCAACAUCUCACCCAUAUCCUUCCUGCUUUGCCCUCUUGCCUUUGACCUUACUCGUAAUCUUUGUGUAUCCUGCUGGUAAUCAGUGAGGGAUCAAGAGUGAGCACCCACAAGUUGGAGCCUGAGUUGGGUAUAUUGGAAUUAGUCCUCUUGGCUGGUGAAAAUCAAGACUGGGAGGGUUUGUUUUGGAGAGCACUGGCUUCAGCUGUACCCUACACUUCAACAUGAAGUAUGUUUUAUUUAACCCUGCCAAUACAGGAAAGCCAUCAGCUGGGCAUGUUAAUGAAAAAGCAUGAGUUAGCAACCUCGUGCCAUCUAUUGUUUGUGUCUUGCUAGCCAUUUAUUGCUAACUCCUGGGGUGGAAUCAGUUUCAUUCUUCAGACAGAGCCGUGAUAAUGUGUGAGAUAUAUGCCAUCAGAUUAGACUGGUUUGGUGCGGAGAGGACAUUACCAGCACCAGACCAUAGGGCAGAUCACUGGCAAAACAUCAGGGAUCAUACCAAGCCAUUCAUUUAUACCAGUACAUCAGACAGAUCAGUAUGCAGACUGUCUUGCUUCCAGUCUCUCCAUCAAAUUUACUCCUGCAACUUUUCCACAACUCUCAUUCCCCUUCUUUCCCUUUUCUAAAAUAUUCAGCCCCCCCCAUUCACCAUCAAUUCAUCCUCCCUUCCUUUGCCUUCUCUCCAUUCUAUCCUGCCCUCUCCUAACACCUAAACUGAUCUGUCUGCCCAUUCCACCCCUCACCCUUCGCUCCAAACCCUUACAUCCUUACAACUGCUCCACCCCACUUUCUCCAGUUCUUCCCCGCUCACACUCCCCUGCUUGCAGGUUCUGGUGAGGGUCAGAGUGUGUGAGAGAGGUUGUGCUCCACUUCGCACCCCGUGUGCUGCAGACGGAGCAGUGAUGUUCCUGGGGUGAGUUGGACCAAUGCCCUUCCUGUAAAACCUGGCCCAUUCACCCACCUGUAGCACAUGCUGGGGACAGCCACUGUGUCUACCCUGUACAUUGCUCUAAGCCAUUGUGAGCUCGCUCUCUCUUCAGAGGCCCACCAUUACUUGGUGCUGCCAGAGGUCCUGUGGAGAGUGUGCAUGAUGGAUGCUCUGAGUGUGUAACAUUGUUAGAAGAAGAGCCUCAGACACCACCUGAUGUUGAUCCUCGUGCAGAGAGUAUUGCCUUCUCACACAUCAGCUUGUUUAGUUUUCUUAAAUUAAGGUAAAAAAAAAAUAAAUUUCCUGAAAAUUUUGUUUGAUAUACUCCAGUAUGGAAUGUUUUAGAAUAUCUUUCUCCAAUGUGGAAUGUAGCUUUUUUCCUUUGUAAUGAAUUCACUGUGUGAACAUUGUUUUUUGCCUUUGUAUAGUACAAUAAUAUUCUGCUUCAGUACUGGGGAAAGGGAAUCAGUAAAGAAACAGUUCAUGAGAUUGUUCUGCUUGUCAGAAAGCAAAUGCAGUUCGUCAAACAAUAGAAGUUCACAAGGACUUCAAUAAAUUGUUUAAAAAGAAAACAAAAUUUUGAAUUGC